UUCGUAAUAAUACCUGCUCCUCAUCUUUGCCUGAUGCGAAAUUAAUCAUUAAAAAUAAUAAAAAAAACUUGAAUUUUAAAUUCUAUUCUGUGAUUGACAUACUGACAUACAAAACUAACGUGCUAUGAUUCUUAUAUGUCACUUAAUGAUUAUGAAAAUAAAAGUAUAUACCAGGUAAAAUAAUUGGAUAUUGGAGCACUAAUUAUUUUAGACAAAAAAAUUAUUUUUUUAUAAGUACUGGUGCAUGUAAUUCUUUUACAAAAUCUGGAACUAAGAAAUGCAUACAGACUUAGCACCGCAUUUACAUUCUGAUAAUUGUAAUGAGUUAAUAAAACUAUUACAACAAUGUCAUAACGAGAAUCCCUUUCUGAGAAUAUUUGGAAAGUGUAAUUCUGAAGAUCAUCGAAUGGUAAUGUGUUUGAAACAAGAGAGAUUACAGAGAAGAAAAAGAAACUAUCAAAAGUCUUUAGAAACUAAAGAAAAGUUAAGAAAAAUGUUUGAGGAGGAAAGAAAAAAGAAACAGGCAAUUUAAAUCUCCUUAUUUUGUCUUAUGUAUAUAAAAUUGUGAAUGUGAAAUAAAGUAGUGAAUCAUCUUAGUAUUCAUA